GCAAAGGUAGAGUGACACAAUUGGCACAACGCGAGCGUAACCCUGGGGAUUCGGUUCAGAAACGAAGGAAUCGCUAUUUGGUGCACUAUGCAUCAUAAGCAAAGAUAUCAAAAUGAAUAUACCCUUGUGAUAUCAUCCACGGAAAUCUGGUGAAUCGGAUUUUUAACUGGUGUAUCGGUUCCGAAGCGCGACGCUGAUUCGACAUCUAACAUCAUGCUAUUGUUUUAACAGUAUCGUGAAAAAACGAAGCUGGAACGGUGAUCAAAUUUUUGUUUAUCGCUUAUUAGCUGGGAAACUACCCAAACUAUACAGAAAUUCGAUCGAGUUUCUUAAUCGUACGUCAAAAAUCUUCGUAUCCAUCAUACAGAAAAUAGAAUUUUAGUCACACGAUAGCACCUAAAAUUCUUCAAUGUAUCAAAUGUAAUUAUGGAUUUGAGAAGAUCAGAGGGCCUGGUGCGGGCACGUUCGAGAGCCGUGGUGGUUGGUGAAUGGUGUUGCAGAUAGACUCGGUGUGGGGUUGGGCGUCACCCCCGCUGCGCCUCCAGCUAGGGGGGUCUAGGGGCGCCUCGGGGAGAGCGACCGCGGGCGCCCCAUCCUCACAGAGGAUGGGUGAAAUGGUCGUAGAACGCGCACCUUCCCCAGCCCGCCUCAGUCACACCUCAGAGAAGCAUCCUCGUGCUACACUCACCGAACUCAAUGUUCUUCGUCGUCAUCGAGAAUUGUGCGAUGUUGUUCUCAAUGUCGGCUCUAGAAAGAUAUUCGCUCACCGUGUUAUUUUAUCGGCGUGUAGUCCGUACUUCCGAGCGAUGUUUACUGGGGAGCUGGCGGAAUCUCGACAAACUGAAGUCACAAUACGUGACAUAGAUGAAAUGGCGAUGGAACUAUUGAUAGACUUCUGUUACACUUCUCACAUCAUCGUCGAGGAAGCGAACGUUCAAACUCUCCUUCCAGCAGCGUGCCUUCUCCAGCUAGCAGAGAUUCAAGAUAUAUGUUGCGAGUUUCUCAAACGCCAGUUAGAUCCGUCUAAUUGUCUAGGUAUACGAGCGUUUGCUGAUACUCAUUCUUGUCGUGAACUUUUACGAAUCGCGGACAAGUUUACACAGCACAAUUUUCAAGAAGUAAUGGAAAGCGAAGAAUUUCUUUUAUUGCCUGUUGGCCAAUUAGUAGAUAUUAUUUCUUCGGACGAGUUAAAUGUUCGAACAGAAGAACAGGUAUUUAGUGCAGUUAUGAACUGGGUCAAAUAUAAUGUCACUGAGAGAAGGCAACAUUUGGCGCAAGUUCUUCAACAUGUACGACUACCCCUCCUUAGCCCAAAAUUUUUAGUUGGAACCGUAGGUUCUGACCUUUUAGUUCGGUCCGAUGACGCAUGCAGAGACUUGGUAGACGAAGCGAAAAAUUACUUACUGCUUCCUCAAGAAAGGCCGCUGAUGCAAGGACCUAGAACACGACCCAGAAAACCAACCAGACGCGGUGAAGUUCUAUUCGCUGUCGGAGGUUGGUGUUCUGGCGAUGCAAUCGCUAGCGUGGAAAGAUUUGAUCCUAACACUGCGGAUUGGAAAAUGGUGGCGCCAAUGAGUAAACGAAGAUGUGGUGUCGGGGUAGCUGUACUGAACGAUUUGUUGUACGCAGUAGGUGGUCACGACGGACAAAGCUAUUUAAAUAGCAUCGAACGAUAUGAUCCACAAACGAAUCAAUGGUCCUGUGAUGUUGCACCUACCACAUCGUGUCGAACUAGCGUAGGUGUUGCGGUAUUGGAUGGUUUUCUUUACGCGGUAGGUGGGCAGGAUGGCGUCCAAUGUUUAAAUCAUGUUGAGAGGUAUGAUCCUAAAGAAAAUAAAUGGUCCAAAGUAUCACCAAUGACCACUAGAAGGCUUGGGGUAGCUGUUGCUGUGCUAGGCGGUUAUUUAUAUGCCAUCGGCGGAUCUGAUGGCCAGUCGCCUUUAAAUACAGUAGAAAGAUAUGAUCCGAGACAAAACAAAUGGUCUCAAGUAUCACCUAUGUCUACAAGACGUAAGCAUCUAGGCUGUGCGGUAUUUAAUAAUCUAAUUUAUGCCGUUGGAGGACGAGAUGACUGCAUGGAACUCUCAAGUGCGGAACGGUAUAACCCUCACACAAAUUCUUGGAGUCCAAUAGUCGCUAUGACAUCAAGAAGAAGCGGAGUGGGUUUAGCAGUAGUGAAUGGUUUACUAUAUGCAGUGGGUGGAUUUGAUGGAACUGCCUAUUUAAAAACAAUCGAAGUGUACGAUUCAGAACAAAAUCAAUGGAAACUAUGUGGUUGUAUGAAUUACAGAAGACUCGGUGGAGGUGUGGGAGUAAUGCGAGCCCCUCAGACCGAGAACUACAUUUGGUAGCUCAGGCCCCCCUCUUCAGCCCAAAUGGCUGAAACUCCUUUAACUCCUCUGACACCGAUGACUCCUGUUACACCCGUAACUCCUCCCGCCCCUGUGUCGGUUCCUGUUGUUAUAACUAAUACUAGAAAACGCUACCGCCGAUCGAUGAGCAUUAUAUAAGUAAUACGUACGUUUUAUAAGACUUUGCCUUUCUAGAGAUGAAGUCAUUUUUGUCAGGAACUAUUCUAUGUUCUUUCAUUAGCUUUGUGUAACUUUGUGUAGCUAUUCAUUUUCACGAGACAAUUACUUUGUACUAAGUACGGAUGUAUAUUUUCCUGAUGUAGAAAUUUUAUCCCUUGAUAAUGUUUAUAUUGUUGUGAUUUAAUCAUGUUUUUUAUAUAAGACUUUGUAAAAUAUUUCUCUUAUGUUAUUUAUACAUUCUGUUAUGUAUUACAAAAUACCAAUUCCAACUGUUCUAGAUUUAAGUACAAUACUCUUGUAAUUUCUGUUCUAUUUUCCUUUUCUUUUUCUUUUAUAUAUAUAUAAAGCAACUGUGUUUAUUGUGAAUAUUUAAAAUACAAAGGAACAGAAAGGCAAAAUCUCUUUGAAACAUAUUCUUGAACACAAUAUUCACUUCAAUGGAAUGCUUGCAGCUUCCAUGUUUUCAGUGAUUGAAAAAAAAAACAGAUUUUUAAAGUAUAUAUUGACAUCAAAACUUCGUUAUGGAGGACUGCUUAUGCAGUCACUGAGAAAAAAAAAGAAAAACAAAAAUAAAGAGUUAAUCAAACAAAUUGUUUCUGUCUCGAUAGUAUACUUUCUACAUGUAUCGUAUUUUUAUCAAUAAGACUGAAGUGAAACCAAAAGUUUAUGUAAAAUUAAUAAAUGAAACGAAUGUUUCAGGCUCUAAGAAUAUUUUUGUUUUAAGAUAAUGUAUAAAACAUGCAUAAGUUAUAACAUGAUUUCAUCAUGUACUAAAUAUUACAAUCAUUGGAUUUACGUUUCUUAAUCCUUUUAAUAUCUCUACAGAAAACAAAGCUUGAUAAAUUUACGUUUUGUUUGAAGCGAUAAAGGAGUACUCUUAUUGUACAAAAUGGUAAUAGGGAUCAUUAUCCAACAAUUUCAUAAUGUAACGUUUGUGAUAAUAAUCUAAUAAGAGUCAGUAAAUUUGACUGAUUGUGAGCAAUAUUUUACUAACAUAACAAAAUAUUGUUUUGUAAUUAUUUAAAUAGUAAGUUAUAAGAAAGCUGUGAAAAUUUCUGUCGAUUAAUUACAAAAUUAAAAAGUUUAUGAACUUACUAGUUGUGUUACAUCUAUGAGAUUGUUGAAGAGAACAAAGCACAUGUGUAGUAUAAGAAUAUGCUGACGAUAUGAUGUAACUAUCUUUAAACAACUUGUUACAAAAUAUCACUAUUAGGAACUGUACAGAUUCUCGAUAUUGUAUCGUAAUGACUUUCUUCAAUGGAACAAUCAGUUUUAAUUAGACGUGAAACGCAAAAACGUUUCUAUUUCUUUACAAACACAACAAAUUUAUGGAAUCUAUAUAGUAUAUCUAUAUAAAUGAAACAAUUAUAUUGAGUUGGAAUAAUCCAAUUACAGAUUUAAAAUGGUACAAAUUAUUGUAAUCACUAAACAAAGUUCAAAUAAGUGUUCAAAAUUACAGAUUUAAUUUACAAAUAGUUAAAACUGUAGUUUCAUUAUAAGAUGUUGCUAAAAAUGUUAGUAUUUUAGUUGCUUAAAUCAAAAUUCAAUUCAAUUUUAAACUCAUGUGAGAAACAUUUUUACAGAGUGACAUUUACAUUUCUUUUUACAUCAAUAAAUUUUAUUAUAACUAAUUUCUAUUCUCUAAUGAGACAAUGGAAUCUUUGAAGUAAAAUUAUUUUAUUAUUUUUUUAUAUAUACAUAUAUACAAAGAUUUCAUUAUAUUCUUUGGAAAAUAUAUUAAAAAUGUUUUAUUUUCUGCCUACUGGUGAAUUCUAUUACGUGGAGCAGAUAAUCAAAAUGAAAAAGUUUUACACAUAAUACGGAGUAAUUUAUGGAAAUGCUAAAAAUUAGAUGAUUUUUUUACAAAUAAAACAUACAUUUCAAAAGAACAGAUUAAAUUUUUGUUUUAUAUAAGAUUUCAUAUAUGUAUAAUAUAAGUUUAUAGAAAUGAUAAGUUUUUAGUGUACUUAAUAACUCUGAAAGAUGAAUUUCUUUUUUAAAUCUUGUAUAAUAAACAAAUUUCAGUUUGUAUUUUUAAUUUGUUUUUAUGCUAAUGAUCUCUUUCUCAAUUAUACCAAAUGUUACCUCCUAUCUUCUACAGUGAAUAGUCAAUUUUCCACCAUAUUUUAUGUUUGCAUGGGAAUUUUAUUCAUUUGUGGAAAAUGUAUAUUCUAAUCUUGGACCAUUAAUUUUGUUUUUAAAUGCUUGUCAUUUAGGCAACUGUAGAGUAAUCAUAUAUAAACAAAGAGUUUUCUUAAGGUUUAGUUACAACGGGAACAAGUAAAGUGUACUACAAAGUGUCUUUUUCUAAAACCAUUGAGGAUAUCAAAUAUUAUUUCUUUCAAAAUACUUUCUAACACAUGGACAUGAUUCCAGAGAUAAUUUACCAGAACUAGAACUAUUUUAUUAUAUUAAACACACUUCUGUAAAGCAUUUUUAUACUUUUCUUUUGUAUUACAAAAGUAGAACCAUAAAAUGUUCUACCAUUUUCUUACAUAUUAAUGUAUUUGUGUGUUAUCUAAUACAAUUACAUCCUUUUUCAUUAAAAUUUUUAAUAAAAGAUAAGAAAAAUAUUAGAAUGUAUAAAAUUAAAUAAAUGUGAACUAAAUAAACAUAUAUUUAUAUAUUUUGAAACAUAAUCAGUGCAAAAAUUGGAGAUAUGUGAUAUCUUUGAUGGUUUUAGAGAAAAUAGUCUGAUUAAUGGAUCAUGUUACAUAUUGUUUAUAUGGAAUAUAAGAAACUGAUUAGAACAAUAUCAUUAUACAUAUGUAUGUACAUCUUUGGAGUAAAUAUGAAAAAAGUAUAGUACAAAACACUUUAUAAAAUAAUCUUUUCAGUUUUUAAACAAAAGAAUGGGGAAGAAAACAGGAGAAAAUUAAAAAGAUUAUGAACAUUUUACUGUAAGUAACAUUACAUGCAAUUUCCAAUUUCUUUUUAUCACUAACAUAGAAUACUGUGCAAUAUUAUUUAAACUAAGAAAGUUAUCUUGCAUAAUUACUGUAAUUGGAAUCAUACAUGAAUAUAUAAAAUUUUAGUUCAAUAUUCAGUCUACACGUACUUUAUUUUCUAAUUUUAUAAUGCUUUAUUUGUAUAUGAAUACUUUUGUAUAUACUAAAGAUCUGUUCAAACCCUUUAACAAAGAAAAUAUAUCAUGAAGAUAGAAGAAGAAAAAUUCAUUUUGGUCAACCCUUUUAUCAACUAAAAUAAACUUAAUUUUAAGAAAAAACAUUUUUCCUAACAUUCUCAUAUUUGAAUGAUAUGAAGGUGGAAAAGAAAUAGCCCAUCAUGAUAAUUUUUUAAUAAGUUUAAAUAGUAUUUAAUUAUGAUUAUAUCCUACAUCAUAAUAAAAUAAUAAUAUGUAUUAGAUUAUCGUAUAAUGUGCGUAAAUUAUGCUUUAUUAAUAAUUUCAAGGAGCUAUCACAUCAAAAAUUAACCAAAGCAAUAAAAAUUAGCAAUCAGAUUGAGAUCAUUAUCUAUCGAGAAUAUAAUUUUUGGCUGAAAAUCGAGGAAUGUUAACAGGAACAUAGAAUAUGAAAGGAGGUAUCGUCAUGAUGAGAUAAGGAGUGAUACUCAGUGACGAUGUCGAAAUUAGAAAAUAAAUUUUACAUUUUCACGCAAUUAAUUUACAUCCUACGCGUAUGUAUUAAAAGUUGAUGCUUUUAACUAUUUCCAGGUACAAUUUUGAUCCAAGUACCGAAUAUAGUUUGCGAGAAAUGAAAUAUUAUUCAAGCAAAUAUCUCGAUCUAUUAAAUGAAAUUUGUAAAUCUUUAUUCAUGUAUUUGGUAGAUUAAAUGGAAUAUUGGAAAAAAGCUGAGAACUUAAAUUGGAAGAAACAAUCAUAAAAGUUUACAAAUUAACCCAUUUAAUUAGUUUUUUUCGAAAUAAAAUAUUUCAUGAACUCCUGAAUGUAGAAAUACUGUUCACCACGCAGUGGUGAAAAGUGGAAUUAAUAAUUUCUCUAUCUGUCCUCGUUGCACAGAAAUGUGCGCCUUAUCUAAGAACAGACGAGUGCUGCCAUUUAUUCGUAUACACUCAAAGCUUACGUUCCUUCUUUAUCUCAUAGAUAGCACCACAUAAAUUCCAUUAGAUCGGAAUUAAAUUACUUAAAAAAUUCUACAUAUACAUAUAAUAAUAUAUUUCAAAUGAUAUAUUACAGACCUAUUUCGUUUACUUGCCGAAUAAGGUCCACGAGGAUCACCAUAUACAGGAUUAAACGCAGAAAAUAAUGUAAAUCUUGUUGGCGUAACUGGACUCCUUGGAGUUGACAUAGUCGUACUAUUUAACGGAGAUGAACAUGGAGUGCUAACCUUUUUUAAUUGUGGUGGACAUUUAUCAGCUACAAAAAGAUAAAUUGCGGUUAAACAGUUAUUUAUUAUAAAUAUGAAUAGAAAUUAUGUUAAAAUAAAAUACAUACCAAAAACUGA